AUGGCUGACAUGGUUCCUGCUAACGACGAGGGCGCGGCUCCCAACUGCCCCUUUCCUGCCACCAGUGGCCUGCUCUCGGCUGCCAAGAAGAAGGCAGGUUAUAGGGCACAGAAGAAGAAAGGCACGGUGGCCGCCACCAAGGAGCGCCAGGCGACCAAGCUGGGCGCCGUGAAGACCACCUCGGCCGCCGGCUCCCGCCCUCGUCAGCCGCCCGACACCUUGCGUUGCAAAGGUUCCGCCGGCAGCUCUGCUUCCGCUCUCCGCUCGAAUCAGGAGGGGGAAGGCGAGCAGAGAGAGGUCGAGAAGCAGAGCAAAAAGGUGGUUCGGAAGAGAGCUGCAGCCGCAAAGCCCACUGCCCGGAAAAGAGCCGCAGCAGCCGAGCCCAGUGCCCGGAAAAGAGCCGCAGCAGCCGAGCCCAGUGCCCGGAAAAGAGCCGCAGUAGCCGAGCCCGCUGCCCGGAAAAGAGCCGCAGCAACCAAGCCCGCUGCCCGGAAAAGAGCCGCAGCAACCAAGCCAGCUGCCCGGAAAAGAGCCGCAGCAACCAAGCCAGCUGCCCGGAAAAGAGCCGUAGCAACCAAGCCCACUGCCCGGAAGCCGGCGGCCAAAAGCCCUCGCAAGUGCACGACCGCCAUGGCCAAAAAAGCGCCCAAGCGGCCCGCUGUUUACAGGGCAGCCAGGCCGUCAAACAGAUAG